AUGACUGACAUGGAAAUCCUUCACACCAAAGCACCAAUACGGAGUACCGGAUGUGCACGAUUUUCGCUAGUGAACGAGUUAUCGGCCCACUCACAAAUGACGUCAGAAUGGAACACACCUUCAACCGGAGAGCCAGCUGACUUGAAAAUAGAACAUUCUUACAGCCAGCUUUCAUGGUGCGACGGGGUGCCCGUCUGGUCUGCUCGCUUUGUUAUUGAUAGCUUUCAAACAUACCCUUUGAUGUGUACAAUUAGCGGAGCGUGCAGUUCCGUAGUUUCGGCGUGCCUGACCACGUUAUUGCAGUCGCGAUCGGAACUGUACCCAGAUCACCUGUCAACCAUACUGGGAUCAUUCAGCGUGAUCAGUGUACGCUUUCUGCGUCAAGGAGGCACGGGAGAACAGCGGUGCAGUUUGCAGAUGUAUGCAAUACGAGCUCCAUGUGCACACCAGGCCUCAGCAGCCAAACCGUCAGUUUUAGGAGAACGAGCAUUCAAGAGCAUAGAUGGAACGAAGUGA